AUGUACGACAGCUCGUCCUUCAAUUGUUUUGUACGCAGCAUUGGACCAAUCAGAUCGGAGAAAAAAGAGGUUCUGAUUCUCAUCUGGCUCUGGCCUUUCAAUAAAUCGUUUGACCUGGAGGCCUGCAAGUCACAGUUCAACAUAGAGAGCUGUCGCCUCACGGCGGAUCGUGAUCUGUACGACAAAGCAGAUGCCGUCCUUGUACAUCACAGAGACAUUAUUUGGUACCCCUCCAAUUUGCCCACAUCCCCUCGUCCUCCGCACCAGAAAUGGAUUUGGAUGAAUUUGGAAUCGCCAUCAAACACGCAACCGAUCCCUCAUCUGGAUAACCUAUUUAAUGUUUCGCUCAGCUACAGACAGGAUGCAGAUAUCACAGUGCCGUAUGGGUGGGUCGUUCCAACCCAUCAGGAAUUGAAUAAUUUCAUUCCACCCAUGAAGGACAAAAUGAUCUGUUGGAUUGUCAGUAACUUUCAGUUUUACCACAAGAGGGCACACAUAUACCAGGAGCUCCAGAGGUACGUGGAAAUCCACACCUUUGGUGCCGCUUUCGACCAACCUGUUUCUGAGGAGAGUUAUCAGGAAAUCCUAUCCAGCUGUAAAUUUUAUCUUUCGUUCGAGAACUCGGAGCACAAUGACUACAUUACCGAAAAACUCUACAACGCUUUACAGCUCGGUACAGUGCCUGUGGUACUAGGCCCAUCUAGACAAAACUACGAGCGUUUCGUCCCCCGUGAUGCAUUUAUCCACGUUAAUGACUUUCCUUCUGUGAGAGCUCUGGCGAAGUAUCUGCUUCUUUUAAGCAGGCAUGAGACGCUGUACAGGCGGUACUUCAACUGGAGGCGACAUUUUGAAGUGAAGAUCAGCUCUUUUCCUGCGGAGCAUGCUUGCUACAGCUGUGGUUUCAUCAGACGACACAAAGAGUACCAAGUGCUUACCAAUCUUUAUCAGUGGUACUGGGGUAUGAAUGGAGAACUAGAUGAGCCAUGGUUUAGGUCAAAAGACCAUGUAAGACAUGUGCAUCAGAAUUUAAAUCAAAUAGACUCAUAAUUGACUCAUCA